GGAGGAGAAAAAAAAAAAGGCAUUUUUAUUUGCCCUCCAUAUUAACCGUGGGCACUUUCCCAUACAUAGUGUCUUUAAUUACACAGAAGUAGAGCAGGAAGGACAGGUUAGCCUAAGGGGGGAGGCUAUGAAAGCAGCGCUGCAGCUCAACAUGUGCACCAGGGAAAUCAGUUCUCUACCCCGACUGUGGGAGGAAGGGAAGGGUUGUACUUAUAGAUCAAUGAGGAGAAAGAAGAGCUUCCAGGUAUACCGGGCACAUGUUGUACUUGUGCAAAGACACAAUUUUACUCUGCCUUCAAGACUCACACACGCACUCAUAUGCAUGGAGUAUAUGCUGGGUCAGAUGCAGCUUUUCUUGCAUACAACGACACACAUUCAUGCCCAUGCAGACAGAGCCAUCAUGAUGUUUGAGUGCACCUCCUAUGUCCUGGCAGCUUAACAAAAGGUUGUAAAAGCAGAAGUGGAGCAUCCAGACAUGCCCAGAGGCCUCAGCUGCUUGGCGAGCCCUGAGGGGGCAGACAGCAGGUAUGAGACCCCCCCGGCUUCAGAGCUUCAGAGGCUAAUGUGGACAAAGAAAGGGACCAGCAGCCAUCUGGAUAUGGUUCAGCCCAGGAUCUACAUUGGAGACAUGUAUGCAGCCAAAGACAAGAGGACACUCCAGGCUCACCACAUCACCCAUGUACUUAACGCUGCUGAUGGGAAGUUCAACGUGAACACGGGCCCCAGCUACUACCGUGACACCAAAAUCACUUAUCAUGGAGUGGAAGCUUUUGACAUGCCAACCUUUAACUUGAGUCCCUUCUUUUACCCAGCAGCCAAUUUUAUCAAGAACGCUUUGAGCUCGCCCACAGGUAAAGUGUUUGUCCACUGUGCGAUGGGUCUCAGCCGCUCGUCCACCUUGGUUCUGGCCUACUUGAUGAUCUACGAGAACAUGACACUGGUGGACGCCAUCAAAGCUGUAAGCGCCAACAGGAACAUCUCACCUAACAAUGGUUUCCUGGAGCAGCUCAGAGAGCUGGACAUGAAGCUGCACUGCCAGGGAUCAUCCAGGAGCUGGAGUGCCAACGGGCAGACUUGAGAUAAAAUCCAUCAGUCGAUAAAUUUGGAUUAUACUGUUGAGUUUGUAGUAGAUAUUCCAGCGAAGAUAUGAAUGUAAAAACAUGCUCUUAUUGCCUUUUCUUUGUAGACAAAUUUAAUUUUUUUUGUGAAGAAAUGAAAGUGACUUAAAUCACGUUAAAGGCUUUUUAUUGUAAUAAACUACGAUUUAAAGAUCAAAACCAA